CAGAGGAAGAUUGUGAUGGAAAGUUCAUGAUCUUGUGUAUAGUAGUUAUCCCUUCCUGUUCUGAGAUAGGGACUAAACAUCUUCAAUAAAGCAUUGCAGAAGUACUACCAAAAUUGUCUCUGCAAAAUCCUCCAAAUCCACUGGCGGGGCAUACUUACAUGAAUUCACUUAUUAAGCCCCCCCGUGAUUUAAUAAGAUUGUGGCUGGUCUGAUUGUAAUGUUGACUCAGCACUCCUGGCCAUUUCAUUUCAACCCCAAUGUCAAACCAAAGGUGUUGUCCUGUCCCAUAUCAACACCCUCAGUAUCAAGGCUUUAUUUAUAUUUGUCUGGCAACAAUGGACAGGCCAUGUUGUUUGCAUGCACGACACCAGAUUACUGACAAAAGCACUAUACACUAUAGUUCUGUCAUGGCAGGAGGACAGGAGAUGCUUCAAGGAUGUUCCAGAAGCCUCCUUGAGAAAAUAUAACAUUCUCAGAUAUUUGAGGAAAUCUGUGGUCUGUGACUUAUCAAAAGAGAAGUAACUGGGAUGGUACUGAAAAAAUUGAGCCUCUCCAGGAGCAUGUAGAAGCCCAGCCAAAAAUGGUGAAAGUGCAGCAACUCCCAACCCAUCCAAAACCCUGCAACGCUUGUGGCAAGUUUGGCAGAUUGCACAGCUCCCAUCAGUCGCUUCAGAACACAUAGAACUUAAGUGAAUGCAAGGCAUCCUCGACCCAGAGGGACUGCUGAGAAAGAAGAAUAUGGUAGAAACUCAUGAUUGCUGCCUAAUAAAAAUCACAACACUUAUCAACCAUAAAGAAAAACCAAAGAAAUCUGAGAAAACUUGGCGAGCAAUUCAACGGGUUGGGCAAGCAGUGAGUUUGGCUGUUGGAAGAUUUGUCACUGUCGGUGAAGCCAUAGCUAGUGAAAAUGAAGAAUUAAAAGAAGAAAUGUACUUUGCCUGUCAGGAGGCACGGCGAGCAGGAGAGAGCAUUGCACAGUUGACUGACGUGGGCUCAUUUGACCAGCCAGAAUCAGAUGCAAGGGCAACAGUUUAUACAGAUAAAACUGGAAUGAUAAAAGCUGCACGAUUACUGCUGUCUUCUGUUACUAAAGUACUGGUGCUGGCAGACAGGGUAGUCAUAAAGCAAAUCAUCAACUCCAGAAGCAAGGUUCUUGCAACCUUGGAACAUCUGGAAAAAGUCAGCAGCUUUCAGGAGUUUGUACAGAUCUUCAGUCAAUUUGGAAACGAGAUGGUAGAAUUUGCCCAUUUGACAGGAGACAGACAAAAUGAUCUGAAGGAUGAAAAGAAGAAAGCGAGGAUGGCAGCUGCCAGGGCAAUACUAGAGAAGUGUACGAUGAUGCUUCUCACAGCCUCAAAGACUUGUCUUCGGCAUCCAGAUUGUGAAUCAGCAAGAAUAAACAAGGGAGGUGUUUUUCAUCGCAUGAGGUUGGCCUUAGACCAGGUGAUAGAAAUUGUCACAGAUUCAAGACCAAAUGGUGAAAAUGAAAUCCAUCCCACCAGUAUCUACGCUGACAUCAAAGAAUUUAAAAUGAAGAUUGAAAGUUUACGGGACAAUUUACAUGGAAUUGCUAAGGAAAACCUCACAGCGAUGCUUGAACUAAUCUUGGAACAUACAGAGGACUUCACAGAUUCUGCGUAUACAAGCCAUGAACAUCGAGAACAUAUAUUGGAACUAUCCAGGCAGGCUCGAGUGGAGUUGGAGCAGCUGGUUGCUGUGUGGAAACAAGCACAAUGUCUGAAAGCCAAAGAAGCCACAGAAGAUAUGGAGCUGGCCAUUAUUAAGACAAGACAGUGUAUGAGUGAACUGAGGAGAGAGCUUCAAAAUACUGCUGUGGAGUCAGCAGGGGAGCUUCUAAAAUGUUACACGGAGCAUGUUGUCCUCAAAGAACUGAAGGCAUCUGGGGUUGAAGGAAAUUUGGAGGCGCUAGCUGAAAGUACCAGCAAACUGUCUGAGCAAAAGGAACAGCUCUCUGAGACUUCUCGAUUACUGCGACACAUUUCAGGAACUGAGCCCUUGGAAAUUACUUGUUUACAUGCAGAAGAAACAUUUCAGGUCAUUGGUCCACAGAUCAUUUCAGCUGCACAGACCUUGGCUCUUCACCCUUCUAGUAAGAUUGCCAAAGAGAAUCUAGAAGUCUUUUGUGAGGCCUGGGAGUCACAACUGAAUGAUAUGUCCAUGCUGCUGAAAGAAAUUAAUGAUGUGUUUGAAGGCCGAAGAGGAGAGAAGCGUGCAUACCUUUCACUACCUAGACCAGGGAAGCACACAGCAAAUCUGAAGGUAGUUAAAGCAGUCAAACUAGAUGCUGAGGAGCAGGCAAAGAUAGCAAAAUUAGGGCUGGAGCUGCGUUUGCACACAUCAGAUGUAGAUGCAGAAACAGAAAGAUGGGAGGACCAAGAAAAUGAGAUUCUUCGGCAGGCUCAGAGUAUGUCCAGUAUGGCAUAUUCCAUGUAUCUUUUCACAAGAGGUGAAGGCCUUUUGAAAACCACACAGGAUUUAUUUCACCAAGCUGAAAUGUUUGCUGAAGAAGGUCUCAGAUUGCACUCAUCUCUUCAUGCAUUCUCAAAUCAGUUGGAAGACGAUGAAAAAUCGUCUUUGUUGAUGGAAGCCGAGAGAUUUCCUGCAUUAUGUCAGCAACUGCAAAUGACCUGCAGGACCCCUGUUCAUGGCAAAGCCGCCACUUUCACUAAGGUUGACACUUCCAUUCAGGAAACUACAAACAUCAUGACUGUAUUGAUGAAGGUUCUGUCUCUUUGUUACAAACUGUUAAAAAAGUGUAAAGUAGAUCAGACAUUUAUGGGCUCACCCCAUGGCUGGAGAGGUAACCAACUGCAGACGGUUGCAAAUGGCGAGAGCUUAGAGGGAAAGAACACAGAUACAUUUGGUGUGAAAUCUCUGGAAAGGCACAUGGCAAAUUUGACAUUCUUAGAGAGCAAAUAAAGGGGGAAGUUCUAGAGUAGUUGCAACACUUAAAUACAUUGUCAGAUGUACUGUAAAGUGUCAGUUCCUAGUACACAGUAAUCAAUGUCUAUUGCAUUUAAUGUGAUGUAAAUAGCAGCAAUGUCCCUAACAUGGAUUUGAAUGUUUAAGAUCUACAACAAACUUUUUUUCCCCAACUCUGUAGUACCUGAAGUAAUACUAAGAGAAUAGAUAAUUUGGUUAGGUAUCUUCUCUGAAAUGCAUUAAUGCUGGAUUUUUGUUUUACCUUAGCCUGCUAAUGUCUAAAUCUCUUUUGUGAAUGUCUUACUGAUGUGAUUAAUCCUUUGAUGCUGCUAGGGUCACAAAUGUGCAAGAACAAAACUGGAUACAACAGCAUAAUGUUACUGCUGUGUAAGGUAAUUAAACCAACUUAUUAUAUUCGCAGGCAGGUUAUUGCAGCAUAGUUUCAUUUGGGUACAUUGAAAUAAAACAGGUUAUCACCACUAUCCUUUCUGCUGCUGCUGCUAGGUGUGAAUUUUCUGGAAGAUCCAGUGUUCUUCCUCAAAACAUAAUCUGAUUGCUCAAGUUUUCUUGGUUUCAGAUCUCAUUUGAUCCCCCCUAAAAUUUAAAAUUCUUGAUAAUGUUUGAUAAGCUAAAAUUAAUUUGUACAUCAAGCAGAUCACAUUUUAAACAAAUAACCUUAACGUUCUUUCCCUCAAAUCUCCUCUUCCCACAUGAACUCUGUACCUAAUUUCACUUUUUCUAGUGAUGUGGAUACUGCAGUGCAGUGGGGUUAGAAUGUUGAUGUAUGGAUUGCUGGAAAUAUUUAGUAAAGUACUUGGACUGGAUUUGUAUUACCUGUAAAGGCAGUUUUUUUACA